AUGUUUUCUCAUCUCCCCCUCGUCGUCUUCCUCAUCGGCCUCAUUUCCGUAUCCGCCCUAGUCGUACCAGCACCAGGCCCAGUUGAUCAGUAUUCUGAAUACCCAACUCCAACUUCCAAGCCUUGGGUCCCCGGAACCUUCCCUGGUCUACCCACCGGAUUCAUGCCACCCCCAAUCUACCAUUCCACAGGAACAGUCCCACACUCAAGCGUUCAUACCCAUGUACACACGCACAAAUCUUUCGACACUGGUAUCCCUCACACUCCCCUCCCCUACCCGACAACCUACCCAGCAAACUCCCACCCAACCUUUCCAACAGGCUUCCCAAUAUUCCCCCCUUACCCCUACAAACACGUCUCCAAAUCUACGUUCAGUACGGUAAAAUCCACUGGAUGGCGCCACUCGCACGUGCCUAUGCCAACGGGUUGUGCGGACGAGUCUACGCGUAGUACUGGUGGUUGGAAGGACAGCACUGCUGCUCGGCCGACUGGGACUGCGGCUGUGGGUUAUGGCAGUGGUGGCUGGUAA